AAAAUGUAAAAUGACAUUUGUUACACUAUUGAAUAUUAUGUUUGACAUUGUUUUUAAAUAAAUACGGCUUAAUGAAAGUCUAAUUACGUGAAAAUAUCAAAUAUAAUCAAAACAAAAUGAUUAAAAUUGCAGCUUUUAAUGUUGAAUCAGAAGAAGAGAGUGGUUCAGAAGAGGAAGUAACUCAAGAAGCGCUGCAGCAGAUAGCUUUACAGCAAUACGGCAAAGCUCUCGACUUACAAAGAAAAGGGAAUGUUUCUGAUGCUACGCAACUUUUAAAAGAUUUACUCGAUACAGAAUUGUUGUACGAUGUUAAGAAACCGGAGGAUGGAGAAAAAAUAUCAGGGCCUUUAUAUAACUUGAAAUAUUUGUGUUAUAAAAAUCUCGCGUCUAUGUUGAACACAGCCGGUGAAGUCGAAGCAGCCAUAGAAGCCUAUAUUGCCGCUUCUGAGCUCGAUGACACUGACAUCACUCUCUGGUAUCGUUUGGGAUUAGUAUGUAUGGAAGGAAAACACUAUGAAAUGGCACUGCACGCGUUUCAAAAGGGUGUCGAACGGAAUCCGCGACAUUGGCCGUGCCUUGACAAAAUUAUAGUACUACUACUCGGCCUAAACUAUAAAGAACAGUGUAUUGCCACUAUCCAUGAAGCAUUACAACUAGAUCCAGGCUAUUUACGAGGAAUUGUGUAUAGACGACAUAUUUAUAAUUUACAUCGGCACAUGAGAGAGUACAUGGCAGAAAUAAAUCCCAUUUAUAAAUGGAAUGAAGACGAAAAUGAGCCUAUUGAUGAAGAAAGAGCACAGAAGCUACUGAAAGAAGCAGAAGAUGUUUAUGAAUCAUUUAUUGAGCAACAAAAAGCAGAUACAUUUACAUAUAUGGUGCCUAAUCUUAAGUUAAAGAAGCCUAUUAGUAAGUUCAGUUGGGAGUCUGUGGGAGAUUCUCUAGUCCACAUGCACGAGUAUAUGACUGAGCAUUGCUUUAGUCAUGCAUGUUUUAUAGAAAUUAUGUAUGAAAAUGAAAGUAAGGAAGAAGAAAUGAUGGAAGUUUGUGAAGACUUAAAUGGAAGUAACACUGAAGAUAAUAAAAAUGAGAAUGCAGAUAAUAAAGAAAGUGCAACGGAGAACGGUGAUUUAUCUGAUAAGGAGAAAAAUGCAACGGACAAUGAGAAAGUGGAGAGUGACAUAGAGAUGACACCUGCAGAGCCAACAUCGGAAAACGUUUUGGACAAUAAAGUACAGAAAAAGACAUCGGUAAGACGUAGAGAGAGUGCAGUCAGUAAUCUAGAACCAUGGGAGUGGUGUAAUAAACGCAAGUCGAGCCGUAAAAAACCUGCUAAAGAUACUAUCUACGAUACUCUACGCAAAAUGGUCCCCAUUGCAUUAGUUCCUGAACAUAUUCAAAAUAAUGAAAACCGAGAUAAAGAAGUUUCCAUUGAUACAGCUGAUCUAGAAAAAUUAUUUGAUGAAACAGAAAAGGGAACAAAAGAGGGUGAGUAUUUCGAUACAGAAAAUGAACAAAAAGAUGUAAAACAAUUUAUUAAUAAGUAUACAGAGAACCAUAGAGAUAUAAUUGACAUGUUGAAAGAUUACUUAAGUAUUUUGGCUAAAAAAUGGCAGUUAAAAUGGCCCGAAGACCUUCUAAAAGUAUACGUAAAAGCAAAUAAGUGUUACAGCAAUCACAUUGAUAUUCCCGCUUGUACAGAUGAUAACCGAGAAGACUUAGUACAUUAUACUUCAGUAAAUAUUCUUGUUGAAGAGAUUCUGAUUAAUGAAAAGCUUAAAUUGAGCAUGGAUCAAAUAGUCACUCAUGAUUUGAGUGUAGCUGAAUCUAUUGAAGUUAUAUUAACAUUAAAACCCACUAUUUAUUCUAGUAUUGAUUUGUUGCAGAUGAUUCUCCGAUCUCUUUGGCUUAAGUUACAUAUUCAUAUAUUAAAUAAGUGUGAACAGAUAGCUCUUGAGUGUCUCUAUCAGCUUUUGAGUGAAUUUGAUGGAAUGGGAGAGUAUCAUGAUGGCUACAAUUUGAAUCUUGUCAACUUUACCCAUAAGCCUAACAUAAAUGAAAAAGAGAUCUCAGAGCAUAUUAAAUUUUUAGAAAGAAAUAAGAAACUGUCAACAGUGAUGGAUUUAUAUAACCAAGGUAGCUAUGAGGAAGUCCUCUUAAUUGUAAUUGAAUCCUUUGAUCAUUGUAAAACUGUGGCAAAGGAACAAGAAGAAGAAAUGUGUCUAGACUUUGCUGUCCAAUUGUCUCUGAUACUGGACACAUACUGGGCUUUGGGCAAAGUGGAAAACUGUUUCAAAUGGUCCUUAACCUGUUUACAUGAGGCUCUCAAGCAUUUCUUUCGUUGUACAUCAGGUUCAUCUAAUUAUGAAAAAUGGACUCUUGCUGUUAUUAAAAUUUUGAAAACUAUGGAACAUAUAUUCGCCACCGAAGGACUGUCGUGUCUAGAGAUCGUGACACAAAAGGAGCUCAGUGAUGGUCUUGAAGAUCUGAUUAGAAUUAUAGGUCAUCAAGUAGAAACAAAUGCAACCGAAAUGCCUUUUGAUACUGUUUCUCCGUGGAUUAUAAUGUAUUAUAUUUUACAGAGAGAAGAAGAUCAAGGCAGAAGUAGACCUUUUACGGAUAAAGACGCGAUCGAAUAUUGUGACGAAGUACCUAAUCCAUUGAAGGUUUUGUUCAUAGCUCAUGCCCAGUUGGGAGAGAGACGUUGGUGCUGUAAACAAGAUGCGAAACUACUCUUUUUCAUGCUCGACACUAUCGUCCCUCGUCUUCGAUCACCAUCACUCGCCAAAUCAUUACAGCAAAUUAAUCAACGCAUGGAACAAUGUGUCUUUUGUCUUUACGGACAUCCACCAGUUAAUAAAAAUAGAAAAAUUAAAUAUAUUAAAGACCAUAAUGUAACUCAUCUAACGUUAGAUUGGAAGAGAGCUCAACAGAUAUAUGAAAUAUAUCGGCCGUCAAUUCUGCCCGAGUUGUCAGGUAAAGCGGCCGCUAUUACAACGGACACCGAGAACUUAUUUCAUCGCAUUUUAUCUUUACUGCCACCUGAAUGUGAUCCAUCAAAGUAUGUAGUAGAGACCGAAAAAUACAUAAAAGGCAUAGAAGAGAAGUUACCAUUAGUACCCCCAUUAUUACCUUAUAAAAUGAAAGAUAUAUACUUCUUCUUGGGCGACUAUUCUUUUAAAAAUGAAAAAUACAAAAUGUCCAUAAAGUAUAACACAUUUGAUGUGGUAAUAAAUAAUGAUCGUUUUAUCUCUUGGUCUCAGAUUGCACUCGCUAAAGCUACUAAUUUAGGGACUUCAUUGAAAUUGUAUAAAGUUUUUAAUAAUGAAAAAGAGUUUCUCAAUCCAGCUAAGUCAACAAUACGAUGUUUUAAACGUUCUUUGGAGUUGAACAAUAAAUCUAGUGUAAUGUGGAGUGAAUAUGGAAAUUUCGUUUAUAUAGUACAUUCGUUCUGCUCAAGGCUACUAAAACAAGACAGCGAAUCUCUGAGCAUGGAGAAUUUCACGGCGCUCGAGAAACAAAAAGAAGAUCUUUUAGAUACAACGUAUAAAUGUUUUACCAAUGUAGAAGAGCUUAAUAGAAACGAUAUAGAUGUAUCUAAUGAAGAGAUAAAUUGGCUAUUGUACUACAUGCUAGGAAAAGUGGCAGAAAAACAAAAUAGACAACCUUCUGUUUACCUUAAUUAUUAUAUGUACAGUUUUAAAAGUUUGAAAGAAGUGGGGGCUACGUAUCCACCAAAAAUAAAUUAUAAUACACCUCCACAUUUAAGUCUGAAAGUACUAGAAUUGCACUAUAGAAUCCACGCUUCCAUUCUUAAGUAUAUUGAACAACAUGAAAAUAAACCAAUACCGAUUUCAGUAGGCAAAGUAUUCUUACAUUGUUUAGAAGAAUGGAAACAAGGACCUUUUACGAAAAAACCUAAAAAGAAUAAUGGCUCAGAUAUGGAAAUUGACACAAAAGUGGAGGAACCACAUUCUGUUCAGGCUGCGAAUAUACUAAAGCGUUCUAUUAGUGAUGCGGGUGAAGAUGAAACGCAUGAAGCUAAACGUGCUAAGAUGGAAGCUGCUGCAGCGAAGGUAAGACGAUCUGCUUCAUAUGACACUGAACAUGUCGGUUUUAAAGAAACGCCAGUACAAGAUGAAACGCAAGUAAAGGAGACCAAGGAAGAUGAUAUUAUUAAUCUGGAAGCAACUGCUGAAAAAGAUAUAAAUUAUGAAAAACCUAAAUCCCCUAAAGCAACCGAUGAUAAAAGUGAAAAAGUUUUAUCUGAUAACGGGAAAAAAGAAGAAAGUUCUAGUUCCUCUUCGUCGUCUUCUUCGUCAGACUCAAAUUCUAGCGAAUCGUCGUCGGAUAGCACCAGUUCUUCUAGUGGAGAUUCCGAUACAUCAAGUAAAUCCUCUGAAGAUUCAAAGCCUUUAGCUGAUGAAGAAAUAAUGAAAAUAGUGUCAGCUUGUCUGGAUGCAUUGGAAGAUUGUGCCAGCCGAUAUCCGCCACAUUAUAAGGCAUUAUACAGACUUGCACAUUACCACUUUUACUAUAAAAAGGGCAGAGAUAUUGAACGGUGCAGAGAUCUCAUGCUAUCAACAUUCAUUUCGAGGUCAGGUCAAAAAAUGAAUGGACUCUUUAGUGAGAGACGAAAUACAAACUUUUUCAAUAAUAUUUGGACCAUGCGAGACGAUGAAGUAGCUAGACCAGGCAGUUUCGCGUUUCAUAUGAACCGUUCAGUGUUACUUACUCUUGAAAUAUUAAAAGAAAUAGACGACCAUAAAACACUGUUGGAUCUUAGUGUGCAUUUACAAAGAAUUCCAGACUUAGAUAAAAAGUAUUUACGAGAUUCUGAUAGAGAAGACCUGGCACAACAAGCGCUUUCGUUAUGCGUUCAAUCGCUUAGGGGGCAAUUAGUUAAGUUUAGUCAACAGGCUGACUUAAAGAGUAAUGAAGUCGAAAGGCAAGCCCUCAAAAGUUUCAUAGUAGAUAUUUUUAACGCUCAUCAAAGAGCGCAAAAGCAUUUGAAUUCAAAGCAGUUCACUAAUUUACUCGUCGACGCUUAUAAAUUAAUUAGUCCUACGCCUGUUCCGGAUAAUGUUGAUGUAGUUGACAUAAGUUUGAAGUAUAGUCACUCGUUAAAUCAAAUGCAUAAGCAGCAGACAUGUAUGAAUAAGAAACAAAAUAAUAAAUCAAUUGAUAGUGCCAAAGCGAUAAAAACAACGGCAAGUCAACCAAAGGCGGAUGUUAAGACGCAUAGUACGACAUCUAAUGUGGGGUUACCCAAGAUUACUCCUCAAGAAAUGGCAGCAGCGUUCCAAAACUACGGGCCUUUAUUAAAUGAUCCUGUCUUGUCUCAGCAAACGGCUGCGGCUUUGUCUUUAUCGUAUCUAAGUAAUAUUAGCGCUCUAGCUGGUUACGCGCCAUUUCAAAACUCUUUACAAUCGUCCCUCCAGAACUCACUUCAGACUUCAAUUCAAAAUUCAUUCCAAGCGGAAUUUUAUCGACAGUUUUUGGGACAGAGUUUUCCUUACAAUACGUUUCCACAGAAGAAAAAGCGUGGUCCUAAGCCUGGCUUAAGUCGAUCGGCUUCGAGCGGUGCUACUCAAAUGAAAUCGACUAAGCCCUACUCGGCCGCUAUGACCUCUGUUACUAAAGCCACUCCCACUCCUGUGAUAACGAGUUUACAAAAAUCUACAUCAAAUCCAUUAACGCCUAGUAUGGGCACGGUGUUAUCGACACUGCCUGCAUCGAUGACCGCGAAUCUCUCUUCGUUUGGGGCUCACGUGUCUCAUUCUAACACUCACACCGCCCCUCAAGCUCACAUGUCUACAGCUUCGAGCGUCUCAUCAUCCAUACACUCGAAGCCCCCGAUGCCUCACCAGCAAGUCAGUCCGGGGAAAACAUUGCAGGAGAAAUUAGCGGAAAGACAGAAAAGUAUGCCAUCUGUGAAGACAUCAUCUCAAGAAAUAAACGCAUCGAUAAGUAGGCUUCCGUCUUCCUUGACUAUAACCAAAACCAAGGCGUCCGCGUCUAAACCGCCCCUAGUUCACGGUAAGAAACCGGAAGCGAAAAAAUCGCUUUCAUUUGGUGAUAGCGAAGUGAGACCGCAACCUAUUUCGUCUGAUGAAGUUAUUGUUUUAGAUGAUGAUUAACUUUAUGUUUAUUAUAUAUGAAAUUAUUACUCAAAUGAAUUAAAAUAUAGCUUUGUAUGAUA